CGCGCGCCCCCGCCCGCUGCGCCAUCCACCCGCCGCCGGAAUGUGCACGGCGCUGGUCUGGCGCUGAGGCGGCUGCGCGGCCCGCCGAGCCGUGCUGGCCCAGCCUCCCCCUCCCCUGCGCAGAGAGCCGGUGGCGGAGCCAGGCUGAGGACGGGCCGGAGGCGGCGGCAGAGCGGGGAGGAGGGCUCCGCUGCCACCGCCUCCUUCCACAGUUAGGCCCUCCCUAAGUGUGAUCCGGUACAAAAAUCCUCAUCUUUAGCUAGAGUACUUCAAAACCUGCUGAAACCAGCUGAAGUGGGUAUGGCACUCUGAAUGAAAUGGACUUGGCAACUCUGCUCGUUUGUUCUUGUGGCAGGAGGAGAAUACUGACCUAAGAUGGAAGUCAAAACAUCAUUUAGCAAAGCCAGUACGAUUCCUGAAACUGUAUCCACAUUAAUUAAUGAAGACUUCGUCCUGGUUCAUCAGCAGUCAGAGGACACCUCUGGAAAAGAUGAAAAACCUCAGCUAAAGGUAUUUUCAAAUGGAGAUGAUCAGCUGGAGAAGGCAAUGGAAGAGAUACUGAGGGAUUCUGAAAAAGACCAGAACAAUUUCACUGCUCUCCAAGAAGGUUUCAGUGAUGCAAGCAGCCAGGCAGCUGGAGAUGGGUCAGCAGGUCAAACAAAUCAGCCAUCUUUGCACCUUGUUUUAGACCCUUCUAUUACAGAAAUCUCUGCACCAAGGCCAUCUUCUCCCAGUGAACCCCUGGAAGAGGACAGCGUAUUGUUUAACAAACUGACUUAUUUAGGUUGCACAAAGGUGUCUGCCCCUCGAAAUGAACUGGAAGCUCUACAUGCCAUGGCAAACAUGAAAUCCUCAAGUCAAGCCCCUUUACCUGUAACGCUUUAUGUUCCAAACGUUCCAGAAGGGUCUGUAAGAAUAAUAGAUCAAUCAAGCAAUGUGGAGAUAGCCUCUUUUCCAAUCUAUAAGGUGUUGUUUUGUGUCCGUGGACAAAAUGGGACUUCAGAGAGUGACUGUUUUGCAUUUACUGAAAGCAGCUGUGGAACAGAAGAGUUCCAGAUUCAUGUUUUCUCCUGUGAGAUUAAAGAGGCAGUCAGCCGAAUUUUAUAUAGUUUCUCAACAGCAUUCAAACGUUCUUCCAAACAAGCAUCUGAUCAUGUUAAGGACUUUGUUCUUCCUACUCCAGAUAGUGAUGUGUACACUUUCAGUGUUUCCUUAGAAGUCAAAGAAGAUGAUGGAAAAGGAAAUUUUAGCCCUGUGCCAAAGGAUAGAGAGAAAUUGUAUUUCAAGCUUAAGCAGGGAAUUGAGAAGAAAGUGGUGAUUACAGUUCAGCAGCUCUCAAACAAAGAACUGACCAUUGAGAGAUGCUUUGGGAUGCUACUAAGCCCUGGACGAAAUGUGAAGAACAGUGACAUGCAUUUACUAGACAUGGAAUCCAUGGGAAAGAGUUCUGAUGGGAAGGCUUAUGUAAUUACUGGCAUGUGGAAUCCUAAUGCACCCAUGUUUCUAGUACUUAAUGAGGAAACUCCGAAAGAUAAGCGUGUAUUCAUGACUGUGGCAGUGGAUAUGGUUGUUACUGAAGUAGUAGAGCCAGUCCGUUUUUUGCUGGAGACUGUUGUGCGUGUGUAUCCUGCCAAUGAACGCUUCUGGUACUUCAGCAGAAAAACCUUCACAGAAACUUUUUACAUGAAGCUAAAACAGUCUGAAGGAAAAAACCACACAAGUGCUGGGGAUGCAAUUUAUGAAGUUGUCAGUCUACAAAGAGAAUCUGCAAGAGAGGAAGAAUUGGUCAGCCCAACAGGUGGAGGAGGGCCUAUGUCAUCCCAAGAGGAUGAGGCAGAAGAAGAGAGUGAUAAUGAACUCUCCAGUGGCACUGGUGAUGUGUCAAAGGAUUGUCCUGAGAAGAUUUUGUAUUCCUGGGGAGAAUUACUGGGGAGAUGGCACAAUAAUCUUGUUGUGAGACCAAAUGGAUUAUCUACCCUGGUAAAAAGUGGUGUUCCAGAAGCACUGAGGGCAGAGGUUUGGCAGUUGCUGGCAGGAUGCCAUGACAACCAGGCAAUGCUGGAUAAAUAUAGAGUUCUCAUCACAAUGGAUUCUGCUCAAGAAAGUGUCAUUACACGAGAUAUUCAUCGUACAUUUCCAGCACAUGAUUAUUUCAAAGAUACAGAAGGAGACGGUCAGGAAUCUCUAUACAAAAUCUGUAAGGCAUACUCUGUCUAUGAUGAAGACAUUGGCUAUUGCCAGGGACAGUCUUUCCUUGCAGCUGUGCUUCUACUUCAUAUGCCGGAGGAGCAGGCAUUCUGUGUAUUUGUGAAAAUAAUGUAUGACUAUGGCUUGAGGGACCUCUACAGAAAUAACUUUGAAGAUCUCCAUUAAUUUUUCCAGCUGGAGAAGUUAAUGCAGGAGCAGUUACCAGACUUGUAUAGCCAUUUCUCAGACCUCAAUUUGGAAGCUCAUAUGUAUGCAUCCCAGUGGUUCCUCACUCUUUUUACUGCCAAGUUUCCACUCUGCAUGGUCUUCCACAUCAUUGACUUACUGCUUUGUGAGGGUAUGAACAUAAUCUUCCAUGUAGCCUUGGCUCUCUUAAAGACCUCAAAAGAGGACCUUCUACAAGCUGAUUUUGAAGGAGCUUUAAAAUUCUUCAGGGUUCAGUUGCCCAAGAGGUACAGAGCUGAAGAGAACGCCAGAAGACUGAUGGAACAAGCUUGCAACAUUAAGGUGCCAACAAAAAAGCUGAAGAAAUAUGAGAGAGAAUACCAAACAAUGCGAGAGAGUCAGCUGCAGCAGGAAGAUCCUAUGGACAGAUACAAGAGGGAAAACCGCAGGCUCCAAGAAGCAAGCAUGCGGCUGGAGCAGGAGAAUGAUGACCUUGCCCAUGAGCUUGUAACAAGCAAAAUUGCCUUACGGAAUGACCUGGACCAGGCUGAAGACAAAGCGGAUGUUUUGAACAAGGAACUUCUCCUGACCAAACAGAAGCUAGUGGAGACUGAGGAAGAGAAACGGAAGCAGGAAGAGGAAACUGCUCAGCUGAAGGAAGUCUUCAGGAAGCAGCUAGAGAAGGCAGAAUCUGAGAUCAAGAAAACCACAGCCAUUAUUGCAGAGUAUAAACAGAUUUGUUCCCAGCUGAGUACCAGGCUGGAAAAACAACAAGCGGCCAGUAAAGAUGAACUGGAAGUUGUGAAGGGUAAAGUGAUGGCUUGCAAACACUGCAGUGAGAUUUUCAGUAAGGAGGGGGCACUGAAGCUGCCUGCUGUAAGCAUGGAGAAUAAAGGCAUAGAAAUAGAUGAUGAGAAGGAUGCACUGAAGAAGCAGCUGAGAGAGAUGGAGCUGGAACUUGCACAGACCAAACUGCAGCUUGUGGAAGCCAAGUGCAAAAUUCAGGAGCUGGAGCACCAGAGAGGAGCCCUUAUGAAUGAAAUCCAAGCUGCCAAAAACUCUUGGUUUAGCAAAACCCUGAACUCUAUCAAAACGGCCACAGGCACGCAGCCACCGCAGCAGCCUCAGCCACCCCUGCCACCCAGAGAGGGCAGUACAUAGUUCCAGCCAGACCCGAUACAAGAGCACAAAGAACAACACAACUGAAACCCUGGAGGAUUCUUCCAGUGGUCUCUCCUCUUGGGGAAAGGACAAAAGGCAGGAGUGCAGGCUUGAAGUUAAAUUCUUUGGUGUUUUUCAUUCAUUCUGAUGUGACCCUUUUCAAAGGGGGAAAAAAUAAUUCCUGUUUUAUGUUGAAUUCUUACUUCCCAAACUGCCUUGCUGAAAGCCACGUUCUGAUAACUUCAUACUUUUACACUUUAUUUUAUAUGACUAGAUGUUAAAUAAAUACUUCAAAACUAGGUCUUUAAUACAUGACUAAUUAUUCAAAAUUAUUUUUAUCUUGCGUAGAAGGUUUUUUCUUCUUCUGGAGGAAGACAGAGAAUGGAAAAUGUAAAGUACUGAAGCAUAAUCUCUUCAUAGAAAGCACAGUGUAAUAAGUACUAGUGUGUGUGCGGGUGUCUAGGAUAACUUACGCCCUGGGACCAUCUCAGAAGUUUAUCGCAGUGACUGCAUCCUGCAGAGAAGCACUUUUUGUAAAGCUUAGGCCAUAGCAAAGAUAGUCUUAUGCUGUCUUGGCACAAUUGUUUAUGAGCUUCCUUGAUAAUUUCUUAGUUUUGAUUGUUUUUUUCUUCAGAAAUGCAAGUAGUGCAGUUCUUUGUAGCAUUGUUGUUUAAAGGCUAUUUACAGCCAAACUGGAAUUUAACAUAAAGUUAUCUAGUUCCCUUUUUUAUUUCAUGUUUAUACUAAGAAUUCCAAGAAAUAAUUCCUUCCACUGGGAUAAAGGGAAAACCGUUCAACAUUUAUUUGAUGUUUUUGCUGAGAAGCAGAGUAAAGACCUUGCAUAGUUUUGACCUUUUGUAAAUCCUGUGCAAUAAAGGGUAGGUUUUAUGAAUAGAAGUAAUGAAAACCUUUCCCUGGGUCUAUAUUCAAAUUCUGAAUUUGACACAGAUAUGAGGUAUCAAAUAAAAAACCCAAAAGGCUUGUGCUGCACUGAUGAAUAAAACAUCACAGAAGCAAGAUCUGUUUGCUAGAAGUAUUUGGUUAGAAAAUGCUACGUUGGUAUUACUUAUUUUUAUAAAAACAAACAUUUUCAAGUGGAAUACAAAACCUAGACUUUCCUGUGGGGUAGACUUCUCUGAUGAUUCCCAAAGCUGUCUGGUUCUUUUAUAUCUCUUAAGGUAAGAAAAUUCAAAAGCAUUUGUUUUGACUGAACAUAAAGUGUUUAUAGAAAUACUUAUUUCAUGGAAAAUUAAACUAUUGCUUGAACUGAUGGAAUAUUUUUUUAAUUAUACCUGUCAUGUCUAAAGAUGGUCUUGCAGGUAAGUAACAUUGCUGGACUAAAGGUCAUGUAUUAAUUGUUCCAUUUACAAACUUGUUCCAGGGACAUUAGUUCUGUUUUGAUCUUUUUUUUUUAAUUCUAAGGAAUGCCAUAUCUUGUGAGUUUUGUACAAUAAAAUUUAAUGAUACCCAUCUUGUGCUUUGUUGUCAAGCAUAAUUGUGAAUUAUUUUAAACACGGUAGUAUAAAUUUAAUGUUACCUGUGCCAAAGGAAUGAUUCUGAAAGGCAGUCAGCUGUUUGAAGUAGAGAUCAAAAUAUAAUCACUAUCCUGACACAACUAUCCUGCAACAAAAUUCGCCCUUCUAAGAGUAAGGGGUUAAAAAUUUUGAAUAUUUUAAAAUGUACCUGCAAGAACAGUGAUUAUCUGGAAAUAUUAAUACAGUGAGAAAAAAGGGGGGAAAAAGCUGAAGGAAUUUCUUUUGCAAAUAUUAACAAAGAUCUUUUUCUCUGGUCACUUUCUUGCUAAUAUUUGCAUAAAUGUUUCCAUUCUCUUGACUCUCUAAACCUAGCAUUAGUCAUUCACUUACCAGUUCCGCCUCACACUCGAAAUGAACUGCAUAAUAAAUUUGAAGUGACAUUUAAGAAUACCUGGUGAACAUCUGAUUGUUACAUUUGAGAGUACUGUGCUGAUGAGUAACACUGACGGUUUGACAAGUGUCCGAAUUUCCCGUUUCAUUUAUCUUAAAUCAUACUUAGAAGGGGAUUUAAAACCUUGACUGGAACAAUGCAGUAAUAAUAAUAAUUAAAAAAGGGUAAGACUGUGAUUGCCUGAGCAGCUGAGUUAACGUAACAGCUCACUGCUGCUCAAAGAUCUCACCCCUCCAACUCCCUGUUGUACAGUCGUGUCCCUUGUCCUUGUUAUGGCACUUACUGGAGAUGAUUAAAAACAAACAGAAAAGAAGAUGUGGGUGGAUUUUUUCCCCCUAGUUAGUCUUUUGCCAAGGUAAUGAGUUAAAUCAUCUCAAAGGGUCCAAUGAGUGCAAGUGGAUCACGUGAGUGGGACUUUCCCAGUUCAUCAGAAAAGAACUGUUAAAUAAACUCACCAUGUUUCAUGGAACUGGCUUUGACGCAACAUCGUCUUUCUCAGUGUAGCAGCUCUCUGACUUUGGAAGUUGAGUUUCUGUGACAAAAACAUGUUUGCUACCUGCUAGCCAUGAUGAUUUCAAAACCUUGUAGGAUGGAAGCUGGCUUACAUCAGCAAAAAAAGUUUCAGAAGGCAAUGGCUGCAUUAUCACUCUUGGCAAUGACAUAAAGGCAGUAAACAAUUUUCACCUUCCAUCUGUAGAUCCAAGGUAGCAUUUGUAGCAGUGGCAUUUGGAAGAGUAAUAUUUAUGUGGAAACUGCGUCUUCUCAAAACUACUGAAAGAAUAAGAAAAUAGCUCUAUGGCAUUAUCUUGAUGAAUAAGCAUAGUUAUAUUCAGAAACAAGAAAAGGAGCGAGACUGCAGGAUUAAACCAUGCAAGCUAAAAUUCUACCUGCUGACUAUACAUGCUAUUGGUAAACUUAGCUUCCUGUGAGAAAACAAAUCUGGGUUUUAAUUAGCCCUUUCAGCAGUAUGUGACAGAGCUAUGUGCACACGUAUCCCAGACCAACUGAUCUGUCGGGGAUAGCUGGCUCGUUCUAGCUUUUCCGCAGGAAGCAUCAUCAAAGUCUCACUGAAACUUAUUUUCGCGUGGCACUGGAACAGCUAACGUAGCUCGUAAGUCUGGAGUGAUUAGUAUUUUUUUCCCGAGUCAGUAUUAAACUAUGUGUCCACAUCAAACAUAUUAAAAGUAACUUGAAUUUCAUAAAUAUAUAUGUGGAACUAAAUCUUAUUUUUUAAUUUUAUUGAGAAUGCACAGUUCUGAAAUAAAGCCUUUACUUUGAUUAGGGACAAAGCUCCGAAGAAUAUUUUUAGUACAACUGUUUUAUCUUGUUGGAGUCUAAUCUGUUCCUGAGAUGCCCCAUGUGGGGGAAAAAAAAAAAAAAAAAAAGUAGUUUUUUUUCACUUUGAAAAGAAGUUGGUUUUACUUUGAUUGUAACACUUUACAGGAUAAAUGAAGCAAGGCUGAUUUAGUUACAUGGUACAUCUGUGAACUAGUCUUGUAUUAUCUUUGUGAGUCAAACUCAAUAUUCUAAAGUAAUAGGACUUACUUCACUUAGUUUAACAAAUUCUAAAUGUACCCGGAGAGAAUUAAAAACAAGAAAACAGAAAAUAUCAUGUGUGGUGUCAAUCCAAGAAACGGCAAAAUCCCUGAGGUCCAUAUGCAUUAAUGCUUAGUAAAACCAGUCUCAGGAAAGGUAGUCAGCCAUGUAAUCAGUACUGCCACCUGACAAACACAUCCUUGUCCUGCCCAUUAAUUAGUAUAUAAUUUGCUACAGCUAAGUUAAAUUGCUUACAUAGGUAAGCAAUUUUUUUUCCUUGUUAGACAUUUUAAAGGACUUCUUUUAGUUGGCCCUUGAAAUUUCUUUUAAGAUAGACACUUUCAUCUGUGCCAUUGUGUUAAAAACAACUCAAAAUAAAAACAGCCAUUUCCAAGGGGAGCAAGAGAUAGAAAGUCAAGAACAGCAAGAAUUCAGCCCCUUGCCAAAGCCUGAAGUAUCCCCUUGACUUCAGAGUCACCAUGUCACUUGCUGACUCAAUGUGGCAAUUUAGGAGUAAAUAAAAAUCUGAAUUUACUGGCACUGAAGUAUCAAAACUUGGAAGCUACAUAAGUCACGCUUUCUCCACAGGAUAAAGGUAGGGCUGUUCCCUUCCUUCUAUUAAGUAGUUGGAGUGAAAUCCAUGAAACUACUUGUAUGUGUGGGAGAACUAUACCUCUUAUUUUGAUUUACCACUAGACUCAGGGAUAACUGGCAUACUUCUGCAUAAUCUAAUAAGCCUAAAUACCUUUGACAUUGAAAACAGAAACACUCUUAUCUUAUAAUGCUGGUUUUCUUUAAGCUGCAAGGGAAAACCUUGGUAUAUGUUAUUGUUGGAAUGUGAAGAUGAGGGCAGAGGUUUUUCUCUCAAGACUGAGGGACUAUUCUGGCUGACAAGCACGCCUCUGUUACAGCUGAACCCUGUGGAAUGGGCUGCUGUGCAAACAGCUGGCUGCACUAGACCUGUAAUGCUGUGUAUACCCAGGGCGGUGAGUAUACACAGUGCCGGGCAUCAUGUUGUUCUUGUAAACACAAAGGCUUGAACUAAAUUAUUUUUCUGUCUAUUAUGCUAAUAUCCUACUGGGAGCUGUCCCAUUACCUCCUUCCAAGUAGUAAUACAAGGGAGACACAAUGAAGCACUCAAGUUAGGACCUUUCAGGGUUAGGUUAGGUAUACAUCACAGCAGCCUUUAAAACUGGGCUAAUCUAGAGAUGGGUUUGGGGAAAUUCAAAGAAUUUGCAACUGGAUAAAUAAUAGCAUUGAUCAAGAUCCUAUCUUUCCCAAGUCAGAAGUCUACACAAUUUAUUGCAGGAUCGUGACUUAACACGUACAGGUUAAUCCUCCAGGAUUACAGGGCUGUCCAUUUCUCCUGGAUUCCAACUGCUUUGCUACUGAAUGUAUUUCAUGCUAUUUUUACCUGAAAAAGAAAAAAAAAAAAUAUGGGUAGAGAAUUAGGACAUUACUUCCUCUUAUUUUCUUAUUUAGUGGGACUUGCUUUUAUUUAACCUGUAAAGGACUAUAUAUGUAUCUUUGGAAAACUAUAUCUUAUAUAUAGAAUAAUAUAUAGGAAGCUGAAUCACAAGGGGAUAAAUACAUCAAAAGGAUUUGGUAUCAUAAAUUUCAUUUGUGAUUUGAUACCACCAGAAUCCUGGGCUGUACUAAUUUCCUUUCAGUUUCUCUUAUUUUUGUAUUUUAUAUAAUACAUGGAUGGAACUACCAAUGCAAACAAGAGCAGAUGUUCUCAGAUUUUUCUCCAGAUCCCAAUUCCCUCCUUCUAGUAAUCCCUGGGUUUGCGCUGCUGCUGCUAACACCUUCAAAAGCUGUGCCAGGAGCUCUCUUAAGCUUUGGGAACUGUUGCUUUCCCGUGGAAGAGAUUCUCUGGCUUCUCUGAACUGGGAAAAGAUGGCACAUGAAUGCAGGAAAGGGUCUAACCAAGCAUGAUCCAGAUCCCUCAGUGUCUGCCAUUCAAGGGGGAUUCACUUCAGCACAUUGAAAACAGCAGCUUCAAAGCUCUGACUCCAUUACAAUGAAGUUUCCCAGGUUUGGAGUUGCAUUUGUUACCUGCGUGUGUCCCAAGUUCGCAAAUCCUAAAGAGUGAGGAAAAAAGAGCAUCAUAGCAGUAUCAGACUUUUAACUGAGAACAAUUUGGUACUGCCAGUACUUGUGUAACAAAUCCACGUAUUAUAUAAAGUAUAAUAUGGAAAUAUAAGUGUAAUGCUUGUUAUUAAAAGUGCAAUUCAAUGUACAUGGUCACAACAAAUGUUUACUUUUUUAAUUGUUACAGAAUUGUUCGGAUCAGUACCUUGUUAUCAUUGUGUGAAUGAUGCCUUGUAAAAUAAAUGGAAAUGCAUACAAAA